CUAACGUCAGGACAUUUCGACGACGACCUUUGCAAGACUGUGACACGCCAGCCAGCUUGGACCGCUGGCUCAAGCUCAAGAUUUAACGAUGCUCUUGCCAUGUUUUGCCGCGCUCUACCUUGCAUUUUCCCUGUUCAGCGCGUUUCCUUGCGUGUCCGGCGCAGCCGACACGAAAGUGAACAAUAGGACUAUCGAGAGGACUGUUCAACUACGAACGCAUUCGAUACAUCCUCCGUAUAUUGACGAAGAUUUACAAAAUCGAUGGUGGGAUUUUGGGGCGGACGCAUACAUUAACACCAAUAAACAUAUUCGUCUUACGCGAGCUGUCCCAUCCCAAAUGGGAUGGUUAUGGUCGCGUCUGCCAUUAACGGCGUCCAACUACGUUAUUGAGAUUGAAUUCAAAAUUUUUGGCGAUUCCACACAUUUAUAUGGCGAUGGUAUGGCUAUAUGGUUAACAAAAGAGAGAACACAGCCAGGACCUGUCUUCGGAAGCAAAGACAAAUUCGAGGGUUUGGGUAUCUUUUUGGACACCUACGCGAACUCAAGGCAUCCUUAUGGUUUCCCUCGUAUUAUGGCCAUGCUGGGUGAUGGGAAGACCGAGUAUGACCAAGCUCAUGAUGGCGAUGCAAACAGCCUUGGAUCGUGUUCGGCUAUGUUCCGGCGCACGAAUGCCGUGACGAAAUUGAAGAUUAUAUAUGUGAGAGACACAUAUCUCGACGUUAAGGUUCAGUAUAAAGCAUGGGAUGAGUGGACUAACUGUUUCCGCGUCGACGGCAUCAGCUUGCCCAAAACACCAUUCCUUGGUAUGUCGGCACUCACCGGAGAGGUAUACGAUGCACACGAUGUGAUAUCAGUGACCACGUGGUCCGCGAUCCUCUCUUCGACAGAUGCUCCACUAGACAAGCUCGACUCAGGAAGCUUCUUCUCGCGCCGACCAUCAGGUCAACGAACUUGGUCCGGCUUUUUUGUCAAAGUCCUCCUCUUCGUGGGCGUGUGCAUCGGGGCGGCAUAUGGAUACAAAGCGUACAUGCUCAGAUCCAGAUUUGGCGGCUUUGGGACUAGUGCAACGCCAACGUUUGGUGGAUUUGGAGAUGGGUAUGGGUACAGCAACCAGAGACGGUUUUAGUCGGACGCCUCACAUGCAGGUUUCAGUGUUGCAUUUUCGAUCACGCGUAUAUUAAACCUACCUCCUUCCUUUAUUUAACAUCUCCUUGUACCUCCCGAUGCACUUCGGUAUCAUGCCAUC